AUGCAGGAGAGGAGAGAGGCAGUAAUUAAAGAGGUGAGAGCGUUGAGGCAACCAUUAGUUUUGUCCCGGAGAUGUUUUGGAGCAGCUUCGGGACUAAGAGAUAAGAAAAGAGAUGCAAACGGAACACCCAAUUAUGAUUCUCUGAAAGUAAAUAAUCUGAAGUCCAAUCUUCUCAAGGAUAAUGAAAACGAAAAUGCUUAG